AUUAAUGCGACGGAUGCAUUUGAAUGGGAACAAGAUCGGAUGAUUCUGCGGAAAGCCAGUGUAAUGGGUGAUAGAGGUGAAUCACAUUUGGCUAGUGCAAGACUGCAAAAGUUGGAAGCGGUCGCAGCGUUAAAUAAUGAAGAAUAUGAUAUGGACAUAACGAUUUGA